UUGGCCAUGAAAAACUAUGCACAUCUGUUAGUUUUUGUGCAAAUUGUCAGCACGGCCUAAACGCAUUCUUUGACAAAAUUUUACACAUUUUAUCUACGCAAUUUUCGAUAAACCAAACCAAAAAGGUACAAAGCUCUAGAUAAAAACCAGAAUAAAUUGCGGCCUGUCUUGCAACAAAUAGUAAAAGGUGCAACAAAAUGGCCAACUGCGACAUUCAAAUUACCGUAUCGCAGGAACAGUUAGAUCAAACAAACAAUGCCGGCGCGGACUUGCAGCCGCGGAAGACGUCCGGCACCCGCAUACCCGUCCCCGUGCGUCAGAUGCCCGGUGGCAGCUACAGCCAAGUGAGUGGUCGUCGCUACAAAAGCCUGCUGAGCAUCAACGGCAGCGAACGGUCCGUGUUGCAAAGUCGCAGCACCAGCAUGAAUGAACUCUACGACGACUCGGGCAUACAUUUGAGCUGCUCGAACUGCUCGCCGGAGCCCUUGCGUCCGACCAGCUCCACUCCCGUGAUCAAGGAGGGCGAACAGAUGCCAACCACUAGAAGUCAGUUGGAGCUUCAGAUGGAGGAGCAGCAAACGCUGCGUGACUUGCAACGUGCCGUUGCCGAAAUGGAGGCGGAUGUGCAGCUGCAUGCCGUGGCCCUGGAACAGCAGGUAAAGGAGGAACAAAGCCGGAAUGCACUGGAGUUGACCGAGGAGCAUAAGAUCGAGCUGCAGCAAAAGUACAGCUGGAUGCUGGAUGACGAAAGCCAGGCGCAAGGAUCUCAGUCCGAGCUAAGGCCAACUGCUGAUUCAAAGAUGGAUCUACGACUGAAGAACGAAACAAGGUCCGAGCCCAGGCGAAAUCUAAAUCAAAAGCAGGACUCUAAAAUGGAGCUAAAACAAAAGCAAAGCUCUAAAAUCGCUUUGUUUCAAAAACAAUUAUCUAAGACGGAGCAAAAACGCAAGCAAGACUCGAGCUUACUGUUAGCGCCUAGACCGGUACCCAGGAUGGGCAACCAACUGAAGCAGGAGUUAGUGCAGAAGCACAAGGAAAUGAUGGCGAAGAGCGACCAAAAGCAACUCGAAUUCGUAUACGAGCCAGUCACUGGCAGAUUUGAAGAGGUUAAUCCUAAAAUACAGAUUCACCCCGCCUCUGAGCCAGACACCGACCUAUUACUGGCGGCGGCACAGUCCAGCGUCAGUCAGCUCCGUGACUGGGCCAUACCCGUCGGCAUUAGUGAGGAAGAGGUAGAGAACUCCACUGACGCCAACGCUAUGCUGAGCAGUUCGAGUAACGAGCGCACGCUGGUCCGUCUCGAGCAGUUGCUGGCGGCCGAGGACAACAUAGAGCUUCUACAAAAUCUGCUACGUAGACGCGGCACUUUGGCUAACAUCGACAACGCUGAAACAUUGACUCAGCAAGCCGUCGUUGAGGCGCCCUCAACCAAGGAGGAUCGGGGUGUCCUACGCUCCUUGCUGCACAUUUUAUAUGGGGGUGAUAUUCGAAAGCUUGGCUAUCCACUACUGUUCUGCGGCAUGGCUUUUGGUUUGGUAUAUUACUUUCGCAAAGCUUAGAUAGCGAAGGUCCUGUAAAUUUUGAGCAAUUAAACAUGACUAACAGUUAUAAAUAUAUAAAUAUAGGAACAACAGGUAUACACAUUGGAUCGAUGCGAGCCGACUGUGCAUGUGGCACACAAAUUUCAAACGCAUCGAGUUUUCAAAAUUUCAUUUAUUUUGUAAAUAAAACCUGCGCUAAACACACA